UCCACGACAAAUCUACUUACCUUUUUAAGCUGUUAACAUCAAUUAAGCACUCGGUCUGACAACAACAUUGACAAUGAUGUUUGCAAUACCGUUUGCAGUAGGCCUAUGUGUUCUGGCUUUGCUGGGCACAGUUACCAGCAGUCCCUGCAGUCUUAUGAGUUCCAAUGGGUCUCCAGUGAACUCUGCACAGUUCCAUUGCAUGGAUGGGAGCACGUGGAUGUUAUCCGUUUAUGGGAACGACUGGGACUGCACAUAUCAAAGGUUCAUCAUAUACCCUUCUUCUGGCCAUACAAGGUCAAAGGAGUCCAAGAUGAGGUGUGACACGGCUUACCAGUUUAUCCAGUCCCUCGUGUCAACUGUGAACAUUCCAAUGAAUCCGGACCAAUUUCUACCUAUGGUUGACUUUGACAACAUGCAACCCGCAACGUAAAGAUUAUUAUAAAAAAGUUGUUAAAGCUGAAAUGUUACAAUAAUACAAUUUCUUGUA